GUAUUAUUACACCAACCAAUAACCUAGAAUGAACAAACCCCCCGGCGCUUCUUUUUGGCCCAAAAGCUAUACCCUGCUGUCCAGCCACGGCUACAACUCAGGACUCUUCCCAUCCCCAUCCGUGGAAACCAUUUCCUCCUUCAAAAAUUUCAGUCCCUACCCAAAAAAAUCAUUUAAAAAAAAUAAAUAUUCAAAUUCCCGUUGUAUCAUAUUUUUUCUCCUCAAUCAUGGGAUCUCUCACCUUCUCUCAAAGCUCUCUCUGCGGCAGUAGUCAAGGGAGCCCAAGAUCUCCGAUUCUGAAAUGGCCAAACUUGCCAUCAGUGCCCCAGAAGACCAGGGAUUUUGCGGCUUUUUGUAAGCAGCUGAAGGAAGAUAAGCUGUGCACUCUUACUUACUUAUGCCACAAAUGUCUUCUGAAUAGGUAUUUAAUAUUUGCCUCUAGGAUCACGAACAACUUCACUCUUUGGUCCAGGAGUCAUACAACCAUCAAACAAAUUGGGUGAUGUUGAAGAAGGUUCAAAGUUUGGUUCAUCUUUUCGUCGAGAAUCUAGGAUUGCUUACCUCAAAGUGAAUCUCAUCUCUUGUUUUCUUGAUCAACAAAUAGCUGUUUUAAAUUUUAUCAUUUUGUCAUGUGUUUUUGACAUGUGAUUUAUAUACAUGUGAUUUAUAUAAGAGUUAUGUUAUGAGCGACAAUCAUAAGGGUUGGGAUUGUGUAUUUGGAGAAGAUGAGAAACUCCCCUAAUGAUAUAUGAUUGGAGAUGCUAGCUACACACAGAAAUGCUUCCACGAAAUUACAUAGGACUGGAGCACAUGGGAUUUGCAACUCCUCUCUUCAAAUGAGAAGAUCCACAUGACUCUGGAGUAUGUGCAUGAGAAGUUUUCCAACACUCUGCAAUAGUCUCAAGAAGGAGCAGCACAAGGUUAAGGGGACUGGAGAUAGACGGUUUAUUAGUAAUUCUCUCUCCGGAUCUCUAGCAAUGGCUCGUGUUGAGAAAUCUAGUGCUGAGAACACUGCUGCUGAGAUCAACCAGAGAGAAGGGAGCAGUAACCAGAAUUCUGCUAUUGAGGUCAACCCGAGAGAAGAGAACAGUAGUCAAAACCCUCUUCUUUUCCUCAAGAAGAAGGGGACCAACAAUCCCAUAGUUCAUGUCAAGGGAGCGCGGAUCUAUGAUUCUGAAAAUGGAAAGACUUGCCAUCAGUGUCGGCAGAAGACGAGGGAUUUUGCAGCUUUCUGUAAGCAGCUAAAAAAAGGCAAGCUGUGCACUCUUACCUACUGCCACAAAUGUCUUCUGAAUAGAUAUGGCGAAAAUGCAGAUGAAGUGGGGAAGGUAGAGAACUGGGUUUGCCCCAAAUGUCGCGGUGUUUGUAAUUGCAGUUUUUGCAUGAAACGGAAAGGGUUCCAGCCAACUGGAAUACUAACUCAUGUUGCCAAAUCAAAUGGGUUCAAUUCAGUCCAUGAACUCUUGGAUAACAAAGGUGCGAAAAAGUUGGAACCCCAGAGCAUAGAAUCAAAAGCUUCUUUUUAUAACAAGGGCUCUUCGUCUUCCAAAAGAAGUCUAGACAAGGAGAGCCAGUCUCUUGAGAAUGAAGCAGGAUCAAAUGAAGAGGGACUGGCAAAAAGAUUGAAGUUGGGGACAUCUGGCAUCAGUAAAGAACAUGGCAAUCAAAAUCAUGGAAAUGCUGGGUCCAAUCCUUUGGAAGACAUUAUACUUCCGCAAGGCAGUCCAUUAACAGAAGUUGCUGGCACUGAAUUGCCAGCUCAGGAUGUUGGAGCUGCCUUGCAGUUCUUGGAGUUUUGCAAUGCAUUCUCUGAGGUCCUUGAUAUAAGGGAAGGGCAGCCUGAGUGCGUCCUCCGAGAUUUAACGAGAGGGUGUCUUGAACGUCAUGGAGUGUAUUCGGCACAUGUUGAAUUUACUAUCAAAUUGUUGUCGCUUAUCAGAGUGGACAUGAAAAAAGACGGGGAUGCAUGGUUGCAAGCCCUUAAAAGAUGCAUAGAGGAAUCUAAGUGCACCUUGGAGGGAUUGCCUCUGGACCUUCUAGACAAUGGUUCAGAUGGAUAUGAUAAUCUCAAACCGUCUAUAAAAUUGAAGAUAUUAAACUUCCUUUGUGAUGAGGUUCUUUACACAGGAGAGCUAAGGAGUUGGAUAGAUAAAGCGGCUGUAAAUUUUGAUGAAGGAAGGAAGGAGAACAAAAAAAAGUUACUUGCUGCCAAGAAAAAGGAAAAAGUUUUAAAACAGCAGGUUAAGGAUGAGACUGCCGAAGCUAUGCUUUUAGCCAGAGAGGGAACUCCACACUCUCUACCUGAGUUUGAUGGGUUUCUUUCUCAAUUACGGGCUGACGCAGAUGAAGUGCAUGCUGAAGUUCUUGCAUAUGUUGAACUUAUAUCUAAGAGUAGAUUAUUGAGAUGGAAACUCUCAUUAUUGUCAAAAUGCAUAGCACCAAGUGAGGGAUGAUAUCUCUGACACGUGUGAUCCAAGAUGCAAGGCUACGCAUAAGGCAAGGUUGGGCAUGUCAAGUGCACAACACAAAGUCGGACGCAAAUCUCCGAAGAUGCCUGAGGCAUAAGCAAGACACAGGCCUCAGUAAACUGAGUCAUUCUAUCGCAAAAUUUAAAAAUAAUAAAACUUAAGCUUAUAUCACUACUGAUAUCGUGGUCGAAAGAAUUAAUGAACUUGAACUAUCUACACAUUGAAUUUUCAUUUUUAUGACAAUGAGCAACAACAUUAGAAUAAGAACAAGGGAAACUAGAUGAAGAAGAAGAGAAAUCAUAAAGGAAAGAAAGGGCGAUGAAUGAAGGUGAGAGAAGAGGAGAAAUGAGAAAGGGGAAGAGAAGAAUUAAGUGAGGAGGAAAAGAAGAAGGAAGAUUAUUUAUAAUAGGAAUGUCUUAAAUAAUUAUAAGUGGUUGUUAAAUCAUCAAACAUUGAUAUCAUCGUUGGAGAUCGUCGAUUUGUGUUGCUAGAUUGGAAUAUAUGUACGUAGUGCAUUAUUAACUUAAGAAAGGACCAUACAUGGAGGACCACUAUUGAUUGAUUGAAACAAGCUUUCGUGAAACGUAAAAUAGGAGCCCAGCACAAUUUUGAGGUCCCAACCCUAAAGUUGAAAAAGAGAGCUUAAGGAAGAAGGUUCCACUAACUCAAUAUCACGCUUAGUUUUAACUCAGAUUUAGAUAUUUAAACUUUAUACAAAAUUUUACCAACCAAGAAAAACUAUACUUUUCCAUGAAAUAACUUGCAAAUAUCUUAUUUGGUAAAUAAAUUCUUCAUGAAAUUAACGUAUAGAAGGAUAAACUCUCUUAUUUCGUGUUUUCCACUCUCCUAAUAUACCUUAGAUGUUCAAACUGAUCCACAUCAGAUCCUUUAUUUUCUUAAUGAUGAUGUUAUAUUUUUACCAAACUCAAUCAGUCACCACUAUGAUAAUACCUGGCCACAUUUUAGACAUCUUGAAAAUGAGAAGAAUGAGAAGUAUGGUUAGAGAUUAGAGAUGUAAUUUAUCGCAUAGGUGGUGUACUGAUAGAUAUUCAAUAAUAUCUUACGCUUUCAAAAUCUUUGGGAUCUUUUGAAAUCCAUCUAAGGUCUUAAAGGAUUCUAUUUUAGUCUCAUGGAUUUGGUCAAGCCAAUGUGGUGUACACCAUGCGUAUAGUAAGAAGAUCUAGAUGAAGAUGAUGACAAUAAAGAUGAUUGAGAGACUACCGGUACAUCUCUUUGUGUAGCACUUUAAUGUCCUUAUCUUAGCGAAGUAUUUUUAACUAAAAAAGUGCAAACAUAAAUAAAUUUACUUCUCAAUAUGCAUACGAAUCAAUUACAUUGGUUUACUAUAAACAUUACAAGUUGGUCAUCCUUAUUAUUUUUCUAGCUUAAAAAUCAAGAGGUGAGCGUAAUAUUCCAAGUAUCUUGCAUAGAAUAAGAUUUAUGAAUGUAAACACUAGUUACGACAUGACAUACGUGGUUGAAAACAACUAUAAAAUUAUAGUAACUUAGCGUGCGUUGUAUAUGUAUUUUUCUUAUGAGGAAGAUAAAGAUAGAGGGAAAUGGGCUAUAGACAAGGUCCUUCAAAUGUCUGGGAAAUAUUGAACGACCAAAAUCCAUAUCAAGUUGUGGAUAUUGAAUGACAUGCAUAUAUAAUAUAACAUCCCAAAAUGCAACCUAAACAUGUAUAUUUGAUAUAAUAUCCAAUCUAACAUACUUAAUGAAAUCUAAACAUCCAAAACUGUAAAUAAUAUAAGUUCAGGAUCGGUAACCAAUUGUCGAAACUCAGUUAGGAAAAAAAGUUUACUAGAAUUUUGCUAAAAUAUUUCAUAGGCUGGAUUUUUUGCUAAAAACAGUAAAAAAGAAUAUUGCAUAACUAUAUUGUUUUGCGGCAAGCUAUAUAGAAAGAUAUAUUAGUUAUGUUAGGGAUAUAUUGCUCAAAUUUUGCCAAAAAACCAUAAAGGAUAUUGAGACCAUUUCCUUUUGUGGCAAGCCAUACAAGAAAAUAUAUCGGUUGAUAUAUCAGCUAUAUCAGGGAUAUUUAAAACAAUGACUAUUUUCACAUAUAGAUGAAAGUAAUUGGGAAGGUUGAGCAAAGUUAUUCAAUAGUGAAAUUAGUUGGGAAGGUUGAGCAAAGUUAUUCAACAAUGUCUCUAGCGCUCAAGAAAAAACUGCCUCUAGGUUUUAGAGGACUCCAUUCUUUGUAUUAUCAUGCAUUCAGUGAAUCACAAUGUAGAAAACUGUUAUUCAUAUAGUUCAUUCUAAUUUGAUUGGAGAGGAUAAAAUGGUCUAAAUGUCAGAUUAUAAAAUUUAUUGGAUGGAAAAUUCCACACUGGAUGGUGGAUGUAGGGAAUAUACUAAGGAAAUCCAAUAAACAUCAGAGUUUCAUGUCGAAUAUUAUAUGUGAUUAUGUGCAUAUCAAUGAAAUCUAAAAUAUAAAAAUAUCGAAACAUGUAAUUAUGACAUACCUAGGAGAUAAAGAGAUUGAGGGCGAUAAAACAAAUAGGAAGGGUGGAGGAGAGAGAGAGGGUGGGCAUGGUGAUUUUGACACGUAGUCAAAAGAUAUGAAAUAACAGGUAGUUGAAGUGGAGAG